CCUUCAUGAUCCCAUACCUCAUCAUGCUGAUACUAUGUGGCAUUCCUCUGCUCUUCAUGGAGUUUGCUAUUGGGCAGUACACUCGUUUAGGGCCUGUACAUGCUCUUGCCAAAAUCUGUCCCUUGUUAAAAGGUGAGUGUCUCUCCAGGCCAAAGUCUCCUCUUAUUUGAUGGGGAUGAUGACUUCUCUUUCAUUUUCACACUUUUGGGGGACAUUCUUGCAAAGUUGCAUGGUUUUUAUUGCUGUUGCUAUGUAAAAAAAGUACAAUGAGUAUGUAAAGUACAAUGUUUUGCUCAUUUCUAAAGAGAAAAAAAAAAAGAGUUGCAGUUGUUUUAUGUAGAUUUUUUUAUGUCACACAAACACAACACAACACUUCAAAUCCUAUUCUACAAACCACAAAUUAAAAAAGUCAUAACAUUUUUGCUAAAGUUGCUGCAUUGAAUAUAUUGCAAAACACAUUGAGACCUGUAUGAAAAAAUUUGUAUACCAUUGAGAUCUUUGUCAGAUGGAAAGUGGGCAUUGUUUCAUCUCAACUGAAUUGGAAAAAUGAUAGACGUAGACAGGCGCCCUUUGAUUGGCCAGAAGGGUUCUCUGAUCUGAUCUGAGAUAUGUGGUGCAGUAUGAGAGACUUGGCAGAUUCAAGCAGUUAAUUUGCGUUCUGUUUGCUCUUUGAAAUGAAAUCUGCCCUUUUCUGUCUGAUAAAUGGAUUGUCUUCACAUGUUGAUGGGUGAUAACUUGUUAAAGGAACAUUUCAAUCCUGGUCUUUUUUUACUUCAUUAUCAUACUUCUUUUUUUUUAAAUUACAUUCUCUGGAACCGAAUGAACAUUAAAGUAUAUAUCACUAAAAAAGAAAUGAUAAAAUCAACUGAACCAUGAACUGAAUAUCCAUAAAUUAUGUGGAUUAUAUUAUGGGUGACUGAAGAUGUGUUUUCACAAUCUAUUUUAGUUAUUUAAACACAUGUGGAUCCGUAGAAAGGGUUGUUUGUUUAAAAGCUUACAGUGCUUACGAAAACAAAUCCCUCGCCAGCAGGUGUUUGAUUGUAAAUCCAACAAAUGAAUGAACUGAAAUGUGUGGACUCGGAGAGCGCUGGCAGUCACCCAGCAGCUCAUUAAACUGAUUCCUGUCCAAAUCAAACAAGAGCCCACCCAUCAACAAUCAGUACUUAUGGGUGUGAAUUGAAAAUGCUGUCUGACUUGUUCUAACUUCAAAUUUUUCUCCAUAGUUUUCUUAUUUCCUUUAAAGACAGAGAUUAUCUACCCGGUCAAAACGUAUGGGUCCUUCACUUGAUUUAUCGCUCAUUUCUUCCUGAUAAAUGCUCUGUGCUAAACAAGGUCCAAAAGCAGGUGUUGGUCUGGCCACAGUUGUUAUCUCCUUUGUGUUCUCCACGUACUACAAUGUCCUCAUGAGCUGGGCACUUUUCUAUUUAUUCAACUCAUUCGGAGCGACCCUCCCCUGGAUGUCCUGCAACAACACCUGGAAUACUGUUGGAAACUGUUCCAAUGGAUUCCCUGGCAAUGCCACCCACCUGCAGUCUGCCAGCCAACAGUUCUUUGAUCACAGGCUUCUGGAGAAAACCAGUGGCAUUGAAGAAGCUGGUGGUCUUCGCUGGGAACUCUUUGGCUAUCUUGUUAUUUCCUGGGUCAUCGUGUACUUAUGUAUAUUUAAAGGAGUCAAAUCUACUGGCAAGGUUGUGUAUUUCACUGCUGUAUUUCCGUACUUCAUCCUGUUUGCCCUGCUCAUUAAUAACGUACAGCUUCCUGGAGCCAAGAAUGGUAUCCUCUACUUUGUGACCCCUGUCUGGAGCAAACUGUUUGAAGUGAAGGUUUGGGUUAAUGCAGCUGCCCAGGUGUUUAACUCCAUUGGAAUAGCGUUUGGCUCCAUGAUUUCAAUGGCUAGUUACAACAAGUUCAACAACAACAUUCUCAGGGAUACUUUAAUUGUUUCAUUUGCCAACUCAUUCACGAGUAUCUUUGCUGGCUUUGUGAUCUUCUCAGCUAUUGGCUACAUGGCUCAUAUACAUAACCUCCCAGUGGACAACAUAGCUACAGAUGGUCCUGGUUUGGUGUUUGUUGUGUACCCUGAAGUCCUCUCCACCAUGCCCGUCUUCCAGCUGUGGGCCCCUCUGUUCUUCUUUAUGCUGCUGUGUCUGGGUCUAGACAGUCAGUUUGCCACAGUUGAGGUCGCUAUUACGUUCAUAAAAGAUGAGUUUGGCCCCAUCAUUCUGCGCUUCCUAAAGAGAGAAGAGCUGCUGGCCCUGGCUGUGUGCGUCCUUGGCUUUAUCCUAGGGAUUCCUCAUGUUACCAAGGGAGGUAUCUAUGUGUUUCAGCUGAUGGACCACUACACCGCUGUGGUUUCCCUCAUGUUCCUGGCUUUCUUUGAAGUUGUAGCUGUCUGUUGGAUCUUUGGUGUCCCAAGAAUCUCCUUAAUGGUCAAGAGGAUGCUAGGAAAAACUCCAAACAUCUUCUUUCGUGUCUGUUGGAUGCUGUUUUGUCCUAUGUUGGUGCUGUGUAUACUGAUCUCCAGCAUCAUCCAGUACACUCCUGUUCACUAUGGGAAGUACACAUACCCAGUGUGGGCUGAAUGGGUGGGCUGGGGCAUCUCACUGGUCUCCAUAGUGUGGAUCCCACUUGGAGCCAUUCAAGAGAUCUGUAACAACAAAGGCUCACUUCUUCAGAGACAUAAAACGGCUAUGAUUUCCAAAGUAGACCUGGAUGCUGAGGAUUCCCUGCCGGAAAAACAAAACCUAGACAACCCAGCAUCUGAAAUCUUGUUGACUUCAGUGGCAUGACCAGGAAUACAGCCAAACCAUAUGUGUGCGUCUCUACAUACUAAACCAUGUGGUAGGAGGUUUAAUGAUGUGCUCUUUAGUCAUAUAAAUAACUGUAUUUACACUGCGAUACACUGUCAUUAAGUUUCUGUCAUAAAAGUAUAAUUCUAUCCUUCUUGUUCUACCAAGGGACAGAACCUUAAGCCCACUUUACAUAUGUGGAAAAACUCAAGCCAUUUGAUAUUCUGUUAAAAGUUAUGGUUACUUUUAUUUCAUUUAGUUUAGGUAUGAGUGAGCAUUUGCCCUGUCUAGACUAAGCAAAUGUUCAUUCCAACCAAAGAUUGAUAUUUAAAUGAUUAUUUCCUCCCCUUUGAUUGAAGAAUGCCUGGUGUACGCAGUGACAUUUUCUCUUGCAAUGUGUGAUGAAUGUCAGUGAGUUUGUGUGCUGUAAGAGUGUAUCACUCAUCUGUGGCAGAGGCAAUUUUGGCUAAAUACAUAGACUGAGUCCUAAAGGCCACAUUUCCUGAUCAGAUACAUCACAAAGGGGGUGAACAGACCUAUCCCAUUUGAAAGUCUCGUCCAAAUACAUCCUUAUAUGGCCACAAACAAUGUUAUUCUUUGUGGGCCUUAAACCCCAUAAUACACUGUGCUGUUCUGUUGUUUGAUGUAGCUUUUAGGAAAUCAUCAUCCACUUGUGAAGUAGAGAAACGUCAAAUGACCUUAUCAUAUUUGUCUGGUGUUUUGGUUCUGAUGGUCGUCACCUGGAAUAGACCAAUACAAAAAACACUGUAAUAUGUAAAUCAGUGGUUCUUAACCUGGGGGUCGGGAUCCCUUUGGGGACCUGGUCCCAGAGGGGUUGCGAGAAUGCUACUAUAGACACUAAAUUAGAAAAAAAAACAACCUUAAAAAUAACUUGACAGACUAUAGUUGUGAAUGGAAUCACUUUGGGUGGAUACUGUAAAUAUUUUGCACUGUUUCAUCCAGUAGGUGGAGGUAAUGCCAACCUCCUAUAAAAUGCCGAAUAAGAAUUAAAACAAGUCAACAUUAA